ACGUCCCCGUUGUUCUGCAGCGUAAGCUCCUUCGCCAGCUCGGCCCACGCUACUCGGAGCGAUUUGGUGCCUCUUGCAGCCGCCAUCGGCUCCGCGUACUUCUCAAACCUUAACUUCAGUAAGCUCUCGACCAGAGGCUCCGUCCACAUGAUAAAGUUCCCGUCGGCCGGUGGCCGUCCGCGAGGCUUCGAGCUCGCCAUGACAUCCACUUUAACCGUCGCCACAAUCGAGGUAAUGGAACUCGCAACGGAUUUAUUCUAGUUUCAGCCAAUAAUAAUCAUGAUCAAGAUGGACCUCGAUCUGGAGGAAGAGCUCAUGGACUUGGCGAGCAAUGAGCUGGCCUACCUGCCCUCCAGCACCGCUUCCUCUCCCCCGCCAGCAUUUCUAAACGCACCCUCAUCUUCUGCUCCCACCAGCACAUUGGCACAGCAAGUGAUCGGGCAGUUGUUGGCCCAGGCAACGCAGAAUGCUACUCUUCAACAGGAACGGAAGCAGAUUUCGCCCAGCCCCGAAUCGUCGAGCUUCAACAAGGAGCAGCUUACCCCUGAACAACUGAAGUUUCUAGCAGAGGAGGAUGCGCGACUGGAGAGACGUAAUGCAGUGGUGAAAGAGCUUACAGCCACGAGACAAGACGCCAUUGCCAGACGUCUGGACAACCUGGUAUUGCAGUUCGAGCAGCUACAGCAACGUACCACAGCCCAAAUCGGGGCCUGUGGCAACAAUGGAGACGAAAACGAGGGACGCAGGAGCCCGGGGACGCAGCUGAUGACAGCAAAACUGAAUUUUGUGGUGGAACAGAGUGCACUCGAACUUCAACAUGUAGACGGAAACGUCAAGUGGACGAGGCUGCUGGAGGAGUUGCCGAUAGAGGAGCGGGACUAUCUUGGACGUGCUGCGGACGAAAAGUUUGCAGAGCAGAUGAAGUAUCUUCGAGGUGAACGGGAGAGCGAGAGAGAAGCCUUGAUCCAGAGGCAUCUGCAUGGGAUUCUGGUGCUGACUGCCCCGCAUCGCAAUGGCCAAACGGUGGCAAAGACGUCGAUGCAUCAUUCGUUGCGGCACUUGUUGCAGGCUUUUGCAAAUAUUUUUCGAAGUUGCUAUGCGGACUUUCUUCAGUACGCAGGACAAGGGUUUGGAGUACGCAGGGAUGUUUCAGUAGAUCGAGUGACAUGCACGUUGCCGCUUGUUGCCGCGGAUGUGACCCAAUUUGCGGCCGUUUUGACACAAGUUGUGGUGUUUAAGUACCCAUUUUUACAGAGUAGUGAGGCACAGCACAACGCUGUUCAGCGUAGUGUAGUCGCUGCGCUGUUCGAUGCUCUACAGCCUGUGUUGCACGGGCUGUACGUUGCCUCCUUCCAGCGCGAAGACUCGAUUCUGGACGACGUAGCUGAACUAGCGCGUACAAACCCUCUAGCAUAUUUCGAAGUGAAGCCACUAUUCCGACUAGAUGGGAGUCGGUCUGAUGCACAGCAACAAGAACAGUUUGUUGCUGACGGGAAUGAGCGUCGUUUAUUGACUUUACGCCACUAUAAUGCUGCCGUUUAUCACUUAAACAAUUUGGCAUCUGAGCGAUCUCCGUACGCAAAGCUUGAACGUUUAGCGCAAGUAUGCGAGGAGAUUGAUCGUGCCAUCAAGGUAUACUACGAUUCAAUGCCUACUGAGCUUCGACCUUCACCAGAACAAUUGAAUAUAACAACUGAGGAUCUGUGUCCUUUGCUGGGCUUCAUCCUCGUCUCGGCACCUUCGGCGUGUUUUCACAUUUUCACACAGUUAGCGAUACUCGGUAGCUUUGCUCCACAAUCGGUUGCAAAUGGGCCAGAAGGCUUCGCAUUGGCAACUUGCACGGCUGCCGUCCACCAUCUAAUGCAGUUGCGAUAAUUUGAUGUAAUGAAUCUUUAAACUACCUCUC